AUGGGCCCACUGCACAGUGCAGACUGCAGAGUUUUACGAGAGACAGAACAACGCAAAUACGGGAUCCCAUUCCUCCCCUUUCUUCUUCACCGCUAUGCCGUAGAUCCCGUCGAGCUUGUGCGAUUCCGGCCGCCGGAGCGGGGUCGUCGAGUGGCGUCCUAGGCGUACUCCCCCCCUCCCCUCCUGGUCUACCUCCAGCAGCUCCUCUCCUAGUCGUCCUCCCCUGUACUGGAUUGGCAUAGAGUGGAGACCCGCAUGCACUUGGAUUGAUUUCUUUUGUUGGUUAUCUAUAUUUCCUUUCCUUUCCUUUCCUUCUUGAAAAUGGAUCAUAGUUCCGACGAAGAUACAGAAAUCAGUGAUUCUGAGAUUGAUGAGUAUGAAGGCAAAAUUUAUGCAAGGCUGAUGUCAGGAGAUUUAAAGGUUAAGAAGAAUGGAGAGAGCUACAGUUGUCCAUUCUGUUGCAGUAAGAAGAAGAAUAAUUACAGUAAAAAUAGUCUACUUCAGCAUGCCUCAGGUUUAAGUGCAGGACCUAAUCGACAGGCAAAAGAAAAAGCAACCCAUCGUGCCCUUGUCAAACAUUUGAAGAAUGACCUUGCUAAAUCACCUGAGCCUCCGUCACAGAUAAUUCCUAUGGAGCCACAACCUCUUCAGAACAGAGAUGAGAAGUUUGUGUGGCCCUGGAUGGGCAUUCUAAUUAAUGUUCCUACUGAGUGGAAGGGUGGGCGCCAAGUUGGUGGCAGUGGAAGUCGUUUGAAGGAGCAACUAUCACACUUCUGCCCUCAAAAGGUAAUUCCAUUAUGGACUUUUAGAGGUCAUACAGGGAAUGCUAUUGUUGAGUUUGGAAAGGACUGGAAUGGUUUCAGAAAUGCACGUACCUUUGAAAGUCACUUCGCGGCAGGAGGAUGUGGUAAAAAGGACUGGGCGGAAAGAAAGAAUCAGGGAUCAGAGCUUUAUGGAUGGGUUGCACGUGCUGAAGAUUACAAUUCUCCAGGGCUAAUAGGGGACCACUUGAGAAAAAACGGUGACUUGAAAUCUGUCAAUGAUCUUGCAAAUGAAGGAGCGCGUAAAACUGAUAAACUUGUGGCUAAUUUAGCCAACCAAAUUGAGGUAAAGAAUAGGUACUUACAGGAACUUCAAUGCAAAUACAGUGAGACAACUGCAUCACUUGAGAAGAUGAUGGGGCAAAGGGAACAACUUCUCCAGUCAUAUAAUGAAGAAAUUCGCAAGAUGCAGCAGCUAGCUCUCAGACAUUCUCAGAAGAUCGUUGAUGAGAAUCAGAAGCUGCGUUCAGAACUUGAGACCAAAAUGAAUGAACUUGAUGUGAGAUCCAAGCAGCUUGAUGAGCUUGCAGCAAAAAGUGAUUACGACAGAAGGAACCUUGAGCAGGAGAAGCAGAAGAAUGCAAUCAAAUCAAGCCAUCUCAAACUGGCAACAUUGGAACAGCAGAAAGCUGAUGAAAAUGUGCUGAAGCUUGUGGAAGAACAAAAGAGAGAGAAACAAGCUGCUUUAAACAAGAUUCUGAAGUUAGAACAGCAAUUGGAUGCAAAACAGAAGCUUGAAUUAGAAAUACAGCAGCUGAAGGGCAAAUUGAAAGUAAUGGAGCAUAUGCCAGGUGACGAAGAUUCAGUGUCAAAGAAUAAAAUUAAUGAGUUGAGUGAGGAGCUGCAAGAAAAGAUAGAUGAACUGGAUGCAAUGGAGUCACUUAACCAAACUCUGGUUAUCAAAGAAAGCAAAAGCAAUAUUGAACUGCAAGAAGCUCGGAAAGAGCUGGAAAAUGGCUUGCUUGAUCUUGCCGGUGGGCGGGCACAUAUAGGGAUCAAGAGAAUGGGGGAGCUUGAUCUGAAAGCAUUUUCAAAGGCUUGCAGAAAGAAGUAUUCAGAAGAAGAUGCAGAAGUUACUGCUGCCUUACUUUGUUCUAAAUGGGAAGCUGAAAUAAAAAAUCCUGAUUGGCACCCUUUCAGGCUGGUAAUGGCGGAUGGCAAGGAGAUGGAAAUAAUUGAGGAUGAUUCAAAGCUUCGAGAAUUAAAAGAAGAAUAUGGCGAAGAAAUCUAUGCGUUGGUAACAAAGGCACUGCGUGAAGUUAAUGAGUACAAAUCUAGUGGCAGCUAUUCUGUGGGAGAGCUGUGGAACUUUAAAGAAGACCGAAAAGUGACUCUGAAGGAAGCUGUCCAGUUCGUCCUGAAACAGUGGCGAACAAAUAGGAGGAAGCGCUGAGUCCAAUUAUCCGGUGCCAUUUAGCGGUGUUUGCCUUCCACCGGGUCUGAACGCUAUGUUACUCUAGCAUCGAUGCAUUUGAAAGCUGUAUUACUACGUGAUGAGGCGCUAGACCAUCGUCAUGACUAUUGCCAUCUGUUCCUUGUUGGACAUAAGUUGAUACUCCUAUUGCAGUAUAAGCAUCAGUGAACCCUGAACACUAUUUUUUCACCCGUGUAAGUAGUUCUGUUCUUGAACUGUGCUGUAGUAGUAUCUAGCAUGCUCUCUUUGUACCGGAGAAUGAGAGCCAUGAUUUGUAGGUAUGCAAUAGACCGUCCAGACGCAUAAUAAAGCAUGCUUUGGACUC